GCGGCUGCACGAGUCGUUUGUAAGCCGCUCGCUGACAUUGUAGAUAUGCGAGGGUUGUUAGUGGGCUCUUGGUUGUCUGCUCAUGAUGGUGGUCCAAGUUCAGUUCCUCUCGACGUCCCCAGUCUACAAGAUUGGAGGGAUGGGAGGAGCGCAAGUCAGCCACCUCUGACACUGGAUUGCCAGCAUCUGGCUGUCAAGUCACGAGCAAUGACUACCGUCAACGUGACGCGGAGUUAAUCCUUGCCAGCACCGAGAGUGCGACAACCUGUUCUCUGAGCUUCAUUGAGCCUCGGACAGAGAUGAGUGAAAC